AUGGGGAGAAAGGCAGAUCUGUCGGCUCUGCUGGAGUCUCUGUGGAGGCUGGAGGCCCUCCUCGUGUGCGGCGCGGAGACGCCGCAGCUGCCGCCUUCUGCGCAAGAGCGAGUCUUCGACGAGCUUUCAACGGCAUGGAGAAAAGCGCGGGGCUGCGAGGCAGAUGCAGAACUAUGCACCAGUGUCGAUGCUGAGCUCGCAGCGUUUUUGCAGCUAACGGGCGAUUUGCGUCGCUGCCAUUAUCGCUCUGUCCUGUUCGCUUCGCCGUGGCUGUCGCCUCUGCUUCGCCCUCUGUCUCUCUCUCCUUCUCCUGUUGAUGCUCCCGCCGGGCGCGAGAGCUCGUCCGCGUCUGCAGCUCUCUCAGCGGCUGCCGCAGCCUCGUCAGCUGAGACUGGAGACCGAGCCGUUCCGGAGGCGGGCGCCGUGUCUCUUCGAGAUCUCGACGCCGAGCUGCAGCGAGCAAGCGCGUCCUUCGUCUACGCUUCCCCUGAGACAGACACGGCGAAUAGAGACGCGAGUCAGCCAGAGAGAGAGGAGAAUGAGCUGCGACAGAGCUUGAGGAUGAGAGGCGUCCUGCUCGCCUCGGUUGCUGCGGCGCAGCUGUUCAUGCAGGUGAACUGGACAGGGCCGCCGAUUCGUCCUUUCAAGCAGUCUGAGCUCCUCGCUGUGCAACAUGAGACAGAGGGCAAGACGAAGUUCCCCGAUCAUCCCUUCUACCAGACUCAGGCUUCAGCCGCCGCCGUGCCUGCAGAGGGCGAAGCCGCGACCAGCCGCGCGACAAGCAGGUUCCAGCGCCUCGUGGCGCCCGCCUCCCCCUUCUGCCGCUUCUGCGGAAAGCGCGCGAGUGCGACGCCCAGGUGCUUCUGCGAAACCGAGCUCGAGGCGGUCUGCCGUUUGGGGCCGGCGGACAUGCCGCUGACUCCACAGGUGAAGGGCGAUGAGCAGAGGCCAGAAAAGAGGCAGACAGACGGCGAGGACCCCGCGCCGAGCGCGCAGGCGGAGGCAUCCGCGAAGCUGCCAAGUCAGGCCGCUCUGCAGAGACUCCACGACGAAGUCGCGGAGGAGUUUAACGUCGAUGGAGAGGAGGUCUACGAGCUCGUGCGCGGGCUGCCAUACCUCUGGCUCGCCCGGCGACUCUCGGCGUGGCUUCGCGCGCAGCACGCGGCGCUGCCUGUGCGUGGAGGUGAUGGGGACUUUACCCCGCUCGGGUCGUCUUUUCUGUGUCCUGUCUUUGCUUCGUUUCUGUGGGAGGCGCGAAUCGCGGCGAUCUCUCAGAAGAUCCUGCGGGGAGUGUCCGCAGCCGCCUCACCCGCGCCGUCGCUCCUCCGCGUCUCCGUGGACGCGCUGGCAGCCGCCCUGAAGGAAAUGCGACUGCUGCCGGAGACCUUCUCGCUUGCGAAGGCGCCCGAGGAAUUGCGCAACGUGUUCAAGCUCCUCGGCGUCUCGGAGCGCGAGAACGGCGCAGAAACCGCGGCGAGGCUGCUGGCAGGCUCCGACGCCCACUCCGUCACGGAGAAUCGUGCGGCGGCCUCGCGCGGCGCUGCUUCCAAGCGUGCGGCGGCUUCAGCUCUCGUGCGUGUUUUUGCCGAGGGAUCUGCCGCGCAUGCGCGAGAACUGGAGGCCGCGAGGCUGGGCGACGACGCAGAGGGGCUCGUCUUCCUUCCGGACGCUGCCUGGCUCACCGACAGACAGAAGGCGCUCAUGCUGCUUGAGCUGUCUCUGCACCUUCUCUUGUACGGAAAAAUCGAUAAAUCGUUCGACGCAGUCUUGAACGCCGCUUGCGAGGCUGCGAACAUCCAAUUUUCCUUCACCGGGGCCACGGGCAUUCGGCGACGGUACCAGCAGCGCGCCAUUGCUCAGCUCGUCGUCUCUGCGACUCGUCUGCGGCCUGUAGCGCCUGCGCCUCCGCUCUCUGCCUCGUCAUCUGCCUCGUCCUCUGCUUCGUCCUCUGCCACGGCUGCGUGUGCUCGCGUGGCUGCGGAUGCGCCGCCUGCGGAGGGCACAGCCAACGCGAAUCGAGACGAAUCUCAUAGCGUGCCAGCGAACGCGGGGGCUGGAGGCCACCCCGUGGAGAGCGAGCCGAACUGCGAGCCGGGUGCAGAGGGCGCCAGCGCCCAGCCGGGAAGUGAAAAAAGCGAAGAAGCCGGAGAAGGAGACGCGGAGAGAGAAGUGGCUGAAAUGGAGGCGAAGCGGCGCCACUGGAAACUGAAAGACAUCCUGGCAGACACAGACAUUCUCGAACGGCCGCAGCUCCUCAACCCGCAAGAGGAGGCCGCGGCGGAGCGGCCCCUGGAGGCUGUUGAGCAAGCGUUGUUGCUUGUGAAGGGCCUGAGGAUCUUGGAGGCGAAUCCAGCGAAGGACGAGCUGGCGAUGGAGCAGCUCAAUGCCGUGGCGUUGCGGUGCCUGACGCUGCGCGAGGAGGGCGAUGAGACGAAAAGCGCAGGCGCUGGCGAGCCCGCUGCCGCGGAUGCGCUGUAUCUCGCUGAGAUGAACGGGGCGGAGAUCAAGAGCGAAGACUGGCUGCUCUACUCCGCCGCUCUCUGGCAGAGAUGCAAGGCAGAAUACCACAGAUCCAAGACUGUGGAGCGCGCGUCGCUUCAGCUCAACGCGCUCAUUGAUCAGUUCAACGAUCGGGAGCCCGCGGCUGCGCAGCGCCUCCGCUUCGUGUACGACGUGGACUAUCCAAGCUGGUGGCAGGGGAAGCGCGAGCUCGCCUUCCGGAUGAUGCGCAUGGGAGCGACGCUGACCGCCUAUGAGAGCUUCAAGGAUUUGGCGAUGUGGGAAGAGGCUGCGGAGUGCCUGUAUGCUGCCGAUCGGCGAGCUGAUGCAGAAGAAUUGCUCGUCGGCCGGCUGAAGGUUCGCGAGUCUCCUCCCCUCUGGUGCACGCUAGGCGAUCUGCGGAAAAGUGUUGAGUGCUACGAAAAGGCCUGGGACCUGUCGAAGCACCGGUACGCGCGCGCGCAGCGGUCGCUGGGGUAUCUGUAUAUGCGCGAGGAGAACUACGUCAGGGCGGCAGAGGCCUUUGCGCGCUCGCUCGAGCUGAAUCCGCUUCACAGGAACUCCUGGUUCAUUCUGGGCUGCUGCGAGAUGAAGCUGGAGCGCUGGGACAACGCCAUCCAGGCGUUUGGCAGAGCUGUCUCUCUCGAACCGGAAGACGGAGACGCCUGGGCGAACUUGGCUGCUGUGCACUCGCAGAAAGAAGCAUGGACUGCUGCGCGGAUCUGCAUCGGCGAGGCCGUCAAACACCGACGCGAGAGCUGGCGGAUGUGGGAUAACUUUCUCAAGAUCUGCGUGCGACUCAGAGAUAUUCGAGGCGUGAACGAGGCUCUCAGGCACUAUGUUGAUCUCAACGUGAAAGACCAAAUUCCCAUUUGGAUCUACAGCUUUUUAGAGCAUGUGGUGGUUGCCGAGCCCGCGGCGGCGAGCCAACGCAGCGCACCUGCUGACUCGGCGAGCGCCGAGGCGAGCGGAAGCGCUGGCGGAGCGCCUGAAGUCUCCUCGCAGUCCAGUGAUGAAGAGGCCCCGCCGAAGGGAAGGAGAGUUGGGUUCGCGCCAGAACCCGAGAAGCACAGUGUGUCGCCCAGCGCGGCGUCGCCCGUCGCCGCCUCACCUGUUUUUCGAGGGACAAUCAAAACUCUGGAGUUCCUCGGGCAGCACGUGGCAGACCAGGCGGAGCUCUGGCGCGUGCUGUCGAACCUGCAAGCGGUCAAAGGGGACUUCGCCGAGGCGGCGGAUACACGGCUCAAGCAGUUCAGAACACUCAGUGCGCUCAUGAGUCGCACAGAGAGGCCGGGCGAGAGUCGCGCCUUCGGCUCUGCCAAGACUCUCGAGCAGCAGAAGGACGCCAUCGACGCGCUGAGCGAAGUCUUUAACCUCCUACUGAAACUGGCCGCCGCGGGCGGCGACCCCAAAGAACUCGAGCGGCGGGCCCGCGACUUGCACACGACCGCAUGCAGCGUGACGGAGAUGCUCAAGAAGCGGGAAGGGUCGUACGAGUGCCUCCUUCAGCGACCACAAAUCCGGGCUCUCCGUGAGCAGGUUCAGGGCCUGGCGCAGCGGGCAGAUGCCUUCCUUCAGGCUGCUCAGUAA